UGAGCUCUCGUUCCCCUCUCUGGUAUUUAAGGAGCCCGCGGAGCACAGCGCGCAUCUCUGGGAGACCCGCCGGAGGUCCGAGGUGGGCGGUGACUAAAGCCGGAGGUCCGAGGUGGGCGGUGACUAAAGCCGGAGGUCCGCAGCCAGAGGGGGCGGGGAGGGUGGCACCGAGCGUUUCGGACUAUCCCGCACAUACACGCACGCACACAUACAUAGGCACAAGAGGAAGGAACCACCACCAUCAUCAUGGCAACGACCACUUGCACGCGUUUUACAGAUGAAUACCAGCUGUACGAGGAGCUCGGCAAGGGGGCCUUCUCAGUGGUGCGUCGCUGUAUCAAGCUCUGCACAGGCCAAGAAUAUGCCGCCAAGAUCAUCAACACCAAGAAGCUCUCGGCCAGAGACCAUCAGAAGCUGGAGAGAGAAGCCAGAAUCUGCAGAUUAUUAAAACAUCCCAACAUCGUCCGUCUCCAUGACAGCAUUUCUGAGGAAGGCUUCCACUACCUCAUCUUUGACCUGGUGACAGGAGGGGAGCUGUUUGAGGACAUUGUGGCUAGGGAGUACUACAGUGAAGCAGAUGCCAGUCAUUGCAUCCAGCAGAUCCUGGAGGCUGUGCUCCACUGCCAUCAGAUGGGAGUGGUACAUCGAGACCUUAAGCCGGAGAACCUGCUGCUGGCCAGUAAGUGUAAGAAUGCAGCCGUCAAACUGGCUGACUUUGGACUGGCCAUCGAAGUUCAAGGAGAACAGCAGGCUUGGUUUGGUUUUGCAGGAACUCCCGGCUACUUGUCUCCAGAGGUGCUGAGAAAGGAGGCGUACGGUAAACCCGUGGACAUCUGGGCAUGUGGUGUCAUCCUUUACAUCCUGCUGGUUGGGUACCCUCCAUUCUGGGAUGAAGACCAGCAUAAGCUCUACCAGCAGAUCAAGGCUGGAGCGUACGAUUUUCCCUCCCCAGAGUGGGACACGGUGACUCCAGAGGCCAAAAAUCUGAUCAACCAGAUGUUGACUAUUAACCCUGCCAAGAGAAUCACUGCCCAGGAGGCUCUGAAGCACCCAUGGGUCUGUCAACGCUCGACUGUGGCCUCCAUGAUGCACAGACAGGAGACGGUCGAGUGCCUGAAGAAGUUUAACGCCAGGCGGAAACUCAAGGUGUGA